CAGAGUAUCAAUAAAAUGGACUGUCAACCUAAAAGGCAAAUUUAAACAAUUGUCGAGAAUGACACUCAUCAUUUAUACUGGAGUGUGAAAUAUCACUCUUCUGUUGAGGAAAAGUUGGCAUGCUGAAAUGUUACAUGUCCAACAACAAAGCAGUUAAAUGAACUUAAUCAAUGUUUAAUUGUUUUAAGGCUUGUGUCAUGCAUGGGAAAAUAGUUAAUUCGCGAUGUGCUGGAGUGAAGUAACUGCUGGUCGUCCAUGAAAACUUUCUCUGUUUGAACUAGCUUUAAGCUCUUGUGCAUAUAGGAUUAGGUGAAUUUAUGAUUAAUACAAUUAAACUGAAAAGAAUAAGUGUGGCUUAAGAACAUAAAAGGCUUUAUUUUACUCAGUGAUUAUCUUAAUAUAAUUUCAAAUGUCAACUUUAAUAUACAAUAAAUUUGUAGUUGAGUGACAGAAUUUUCGGUAUGGGUUUGAUUGUUUUUAGAAUAAAUUCAAGGUGUGAAGUGUAAAAUAUGUAAAUUAUGAAUUUUAGGGGAUUUUAAUGAAAGUAAAAGUGACAAUUUCAUUCAUGGAUGGAUUUUUGAAUUUACAGAUUAUGCAAAUAUAGUUAUGACCAUAAAUUUUGGGAAAGAGUGAGAGAAGUUGGUAUUUUGUGUCGGAUUAAGACAAAUAUUUACAUUAGAAAGGGUGCAAUUAGGUUUGCACCAGUAAAACUGAAUGAAUGCACUUAAAGAGGUCCCACCGUUAUAAGAACGGCUACUUCAUGAAUGGCGCGGCUGUUAACGGGGCAGGUUCCCUUGAGCCUGACCUACCAGAUCCUGCCAUCAGCUUCCGUCCAAACCCAGAAAACUUUCUCCCAAUCCCCCGAUUAAAAUAUUCCCAUGCAGCGGCCUUAGUAUUCAUGAUAUCAGUGACAUGUUUUGUGAUCACAUACAAUGGUGAUUUUGUAUUUGAUGAUAGCGAGGCUAUUGUCGGUAACAAGGAUCUGCUACCAGACACUCCCAUCGCAAAUGUGUUCUCAAAUGAUUUCUGGGGAAAGAAGUUGGAUUCAAAGACAAGUCACAAAUCCUAUAGACCACUUACUACAUUAACAUUCAGAUGGAGCUAUGCACUAGCAGGAGGUUUAAAUCCUCUCUUCUUCCACAUUCCGAACAUUCUCCUUCACGCAGGCGUCUCCGUGCUACUCCUCCGUAUGUUCUCAAUACUGUUUGGUGGCUACUCUGUUUCCAUGGCAACGGGGUCACUCGAGUUCAAGGCGGCGAGGUCGUCACUGUUGUGCACCAUUCUGUUUGCAGUACAUCCUAUACACACUGAAAGUGUGUCUGGUAUAGUAGGACGUGCAGAUCUCCUGUGUGCUGUACUGUUCAUACUUUCAUUCCUGCUCUACGUAAAGGCUUGCUCAAUAGAUUGUGAGGAGAAAGAUGACCGGUAUAUAAUCAGUCGACCUGAGGGAUUCUCCAUUGUAUGGCUCCUGGCCAGUAUGUGCCUCUGUAUGCUCUCAGUGUUUUGUAAGGAACAGGGAAUUACAGUUAUUGGUAUUUGCAGUGCAUAUGAUAUUGUGGUUCUAUGUGGGGUGGACCUGCUAGAUUUGAUCGGGCUACGCAGAAAACACCGAACUUCAGCCAAUGGAAAUGGCAAGGCACAGCUCAGACAGCCUCCUGCAUGGUUAUUAAGCCUGGUGAAGCGCCACUUAGUGUUGCUGUGUACGGGCCUUCUCGUGAUACUGUACCGCUGGAGGCUCAUGGGCUCAACCCCACCUGUCUUUCAGGUGUUUGAUAACCCACACUCCUUUGUCAAUGGAACCAUUCUGCGGGCAUUGAACUACAACUACCUGUACUCCAUCAAUAUGUGGCUGAUGCUUAAUCCCUGGUGGCUUUGUUUUGAUUGGUCCAUGGGCUGUGUGCCUGUCAUAGAAUCGUUCACUGAUCCCAGAAUCCUUGCUGCCAUUGUUAUCUGGAUUUUCAUUGGCUGCCUAGUAUGGGCGUGUCUGAAAGCACCAAUCACAUCAGACCAAAGAUGUAUGACGAUGGCACUGGCCCUGAUUAUUAUCCCGUUCCUGCCAGCAUCAAACAUGUUUUUCCGUGUGGGGUUUGUGAUAGCAGAGAGAAUCCUGUACUUGUCCAGUAUUGGCUUCUGUAUGCUUGUGGUGCUCGGUGUUAGACAGAUCUGUAGCUCUUUCCCAGGGUAUGCCAAGCCAGUGUUCCUGUGCAUGUUUGUCUUGUAUGGUGUGUUUAUGGCCCGGUCUGUCCAGCGUAGUGCCCAGUGGAAACAUGAGAUGGACCUCUUCACCUCCGGCGCUCAUGUCUGUCCGAGAAAUGCCAAGGUCCACUACAACAUUGCAAAGUUAAAUGCUGAUCAUGGAAAUACUGAUGUAGCUAUUGAGAGAUACAGAUAUGCCAUUGAGUUAAACCCACGGUAUGACCAGGCCAUGAACAACUUAGGGAACAUCCUCAAGGACAGGAAUGACCUUAUAGAGGCUGAACUACUCCUACAGUCAGCAGUUGACAUCAGAGAGGAGUUUGCAGCAGCAUGGAUGAAUCUUGGUAUUGUGAAAGCGACGCUGAAGAAAUUUAGCGAGGCUGAGAAAUGUUACUACCGGGCUAUAACACACAGGAGGAAAUACCCCGACUGCUUCUAUAACCUCGGAAACUUGUAUCUGGAUGUGAAGCAAUAUGAUCGAGCCAUCGAGGCCUGGACAAAUGCCACAAGGCUAAAACCCACUCACCUGAAUGCCUGGACAAACAUGGCUAUAGUGUAUGACUCCCUAGAGAAAUAUGAUACAAGUAUAGAGGUCGGCAAGCAAGGCCUUAAAUACCUUCCCAACGAGCCUCAGCUGUACUUUAACAUUGGCAACUCAUAUGGCAAGAUAUCCAAGUUUGAGGAGAGCUCAAAGUACUUUGAGAAGGCAAUGCAGCUUGCACCUACCAAAGCACUUUAUGUUGCAAACUACGCUGUAUUAUAUCAUCGGUGGGGGAAACUGGAGGAGGCAGAACAACUGUACCGGAAGGCUUUAGCUCUGAAUCCUAACGAGCCAAAUGUACAGACCAACUUGGCUAUGCUGGACAAGAAAAAGAAUAGAGGAGAAAAAACAUCCUAGUAUUGAUUGCAUCAAUUGUGCUUAUGUUAGUUUUAUGAUUUUAGCAAAUGGUUGAUUAUUUACAACUGUGUUAAUCUCAUAAGAGAUGCUACGUAUAACAGAGUGUGUCAUUAUGUAUUGACAGGUUGUCAGUUACUGUAGCUGUUCUUGUAUACUGUGUUAGUUUUGUCUAUUAUCAGUUUUGCUGAAAGAAUUCUGUGUCGUUCUUCAGUUCUGUGCAUUAUGGUGCUUGUAUGUUUGCAUUUGUUUGAAUGUGAAACAGAGUUUUUAAGUACUUGUAGGUAAAGGGACCCUCUCUUCUCAACGAUCAUAUUGUAUGACCACAUUUUAUUAGGUAUAUUAUCGAUUUUAAAACAAAUUGGUUUAUCAGUCACAUAAGACAUAACUUGUGUGAAUUUACAAUUUCAAUUUAAUGCAAUCUAAAUACAAUUUUAAUCUAAAUACUUGAUUCUAUGAUAUUUAGUCAUUGAUAAGAUGGGCCCCUAACAGUACAUGUAAAAAUAAGUGGAAUAUUGACUCUCUAUUUGGUAUGUAUUUCAAAUAAUGGAAAUGCACAUUUAAAUGUUGUGACAAACUACCGAUUAAAGUGUUGUGUCUUAGUAUGGCAGCAGACAAAUGUGCCUUUUAUAGCAUAUGAAGCUGAAUAAAUGUGUAAAUAUUUUAGUUGUCAGAGGAAUAUUGAGACAUUGACACAAGUGUUCAGAACUUUGUGAAAGUUAACAGCGUGAUUAAGAAGAUCUUUGUAAUCUUUAAAAUGUGGAAUAUUUAAUGAUGUGUUCAUAUGAUGUGUAUCCAUGAAAUUUCCAGAGCAAUAAAGAUUUGAAAAUUACGGUAACAACUUUGAUAACAAGUUUGUUAAAUUAAACAAAGUUUUGAAAAUUUGGCCAAUUGUUUUGUUAUUAGAUCUCAAUUUGUCAUUCUGCUAUGCAGCAUGUUGUGGGAUAUGUUAUCAUGAAAUAUGUUAUUAUAUGUUUUUGAUACACAUGUAUUUUGCUAAUAACUGUCAUUAGAGGAGGAGUGUAACUCAUAAAUUGUACCUGUGUUUGCAUAAUAUUUGAAGAAAUUUUACAACCUUUGUUCCGUGAUGCUGCUUUAAUUUGUUGAGUCUCCUUUGUUGGUGGAAGUAUUUUGAUACAUAUAUUAUUGCUUUAAUAAAACUUUUAUCAAACUUGAA